AUGCAAGUGGCGGCGCGCUACCUGCCUCUCACAAUACUAUUAGGCCCUCUUGAACCACGAGCUGAAAGCCUUGUGUCUCCCUUCCUCCGUCACAUCUCUGCCCGCUGCCACUGGCUAAACGGGGAUAGAAACGGCAGCAUGGCGGUCAGUGGCUUCAGCAUGGUCCAGAUUCGACAUCGUCCCAUGUCAAGCCGUAGGGCUAAGUUCCCCGAUAGAAUGUGCACCUCCGUCCGUGUCUAUCUAUGGUAG